GUCUUUGUCGACCUCUUCCUUUACCCUCAUCGCUCCGACCCUCAAUCUUGUUCCAAAAUGCGUGAAGUUAUCUCCGUUCAUGUCGGUCAGGCUGGUGUCCAGAUCGGUAACGCCUGCUGGGAGCUUUACACCGUCGAGCACGGUCUGAGCCCCGAUGGUCGUAUCAUUGAGGGAUCGCCUUCGCAGCACGACGACGGCUUCAGCACGUUCUUCUCGGAGACGUCCUCUGGGAAGCAUGUGCCGCGCUCGCUCUACGUCGACCUGGAGCCGAACGUCAUCGAUGAGGUUCGGAGCGGUACUUACAGGAGCCUCUUCCACCCGGAGACUCUUGUAACUGGUAAGGAGGAUGCGGCGAGCAACUAUGCCCGUGGUCACUACACCAUUGGCAAGGAGCAGAUCGACAAUGUGAUGGACAGGGUCCGUCGCCUGGCAGAUAACUGCAGCGGUCUCCAGGGCUUCUUCGUCUUCCACUCCUUCGGUGGUGGAACUGGUUCUGGUUUCGGUGCCCUUGUUUUGGAGCGUCUCUCGACUGACUAUGGCAAGAAGUCCAAGCUCGAGUUCAGUGUGUACCCCGCGCCGACCAUGGCCAACUCGGUCGUCGAGCCGUACAACUCUGUUUUGACGACCCACACCACCCUUGAGCACUCUGACUGCUCGUUCAUGGUCGACAAUGAGGCCAUUUACGACAUUUGCAAGAAGAGGCUCGGCAUCUCGUCCCCGGGCUUCACGAACCUCAACAGGCUGAUUGCCCAGGUCGUCUCGUCUAUCACCGCUUCCCUUCGUUUCGAUGGUUCCCUCAACGUCGACCUCAACGAGUUCCAGACCAACCUUGUCCCCUUCCCUCGCAUUCACUUCCCUCUUGCCACCUUCGCGCCGAUCAUCUCGGCUGACAAGGCUCACCAUGAGCAGAACUCGGUCGCGGACAUGACCUUCUCUUGCUUCGAGACCGGUAACCAGAUGGUCAAGUGUGACCCGAGGGAGGGCAAAUACAUGGCAUGUGCUCUGCUUUACCGCGGCGAUGUCGUGCCCAAGGACGUGAACGCUGCCGUCGCGAUCAUCAAGACGAAGCGCACGAUUCAGUUCGUCGACUGGUGCCCUACUGGCUUCAAGCUCGGUAUCUGCAACGAGCCUCCGGCGCACAUCCCUGGCGGCGACCUCGCUAAGGUUACACGUUCGCUGUGCAUGCUUUCCAACACGACUGCAAUCUCGACGGCGUGGAGCCGCCUGGACCACAAGUUCGACCUGCUCUACUCCAAGCGUGCCUUUGUGCACUGGUACGUCGGCGAGGGUAUGGAGGAGGGUGAGUUCUCCGAGGCUCGUGAGGACCUUGCUGCCCUCGAGAAGGACUACGAGGAGGUCGGCAUUGACUCCGCCGAUGCUGAGGAGGUUGGAGAGUACUGAGUAGUUCGUUGAUGCUUCGGUUCCUUUCAUCACGGUUUAUUUGUCGAGUCACUCUCCUUCUGUGUCGUCGCUAUGAUCAUUUACGAUAUCCCCGCUUGUCCUUUGUGAAAUGGGCAUGUGCACGUAUACCAUCGGUACAAUAAAAUUAAUGUCCGCAUUCAGCCACCGCUA